ACCAGUGGAGGUGGGAGUUACGAUGUACAUUCUUAGUAUUAGUUCAGUUUCCGAAGUACAAAUGGAUUUUACUUUAGACUUUUAUUUUCGUCAAGAAUGGGAUGAUGAUCGACUUAGAUUUCAAGCGAAAGCUGGACUGGAAAGCCUAUCUGUAGGAGCAGAAGUAGCUGAUAGGAUAUGGGUACCGGAUACAUUUAUAGCCAAUGAAAAGAGCGCUUAUUUUCACCAGGCCACCACACCCAAUACUUUCCUACGAAUUGGUCCAAAAGGGAGUGUAUUUCGUAGCAUCAGAUUGACUGUAACAGCCAGUUGUCCAAUGGACUUAAGGUAUUUCCCUAUGGAUAGACAAUUUUGUACAGUGGAAAUUGAAAGUUUCGGCUACACGAUGCAGGAUAUACGAUAUAAAUGGCAAAAGGGAGAAGAUUCUGUUGGAAUGUCAACAGAAGUCGAACUGCCACAGUUUAAGGUCAGAGGGCAUCGACAAAGUUCAAAGGAAGUUCAUCUCACAACAGGAAAUUAUUCACGUUUAGCAUGCGAAAUUCAAUUCGUCCGAAGUAUGGGAUAUUAUCUUAUUCAAAUUUACAUUCCAGCCGGUUUAAUUGUCAUCAUAUCAUGGGUGUCGUUUUGGCUCCAUAGAAACGCAACACCAGCACGUGUAGCCUUAGGUGUUACGACAGUGCUAACUAUGACUACACUUAUGUCCAGCACAAACGCAGCCUUACCAAAAAUAUCCUAUAUAAAGAGCAUCGACGUAUAUCUUGGAACGUGUUUUGUGAUGGUGUUUGCAUCAUUGUUGGAAUACGCCACUGUCGGAUAUUUGGGGAAGAGAAUUGCCAUGAAAAAAUCGAGAACUCAGUUAAUGGCGAAAAUUGCUGAACAACAUCGUCACAGGUGUCAUGCUGCUGCAGACUCUGGAGCCGAUGCUAUUUUGCUUGCCAAUCCUGAUAUACCCUUGAUGAGAACAGCGAUGUAUAUGUUGACAACCUUCAUUGUUAUCGUGUCCUGGAUGUCGUUCUGGUUGGAUGUUACUGCAGUACCUGGAAGAGUAUCUCUGGGAGUAACGACUCUUCUUACCUUAACUACAUCAGCAGGAAACAUCCGAGAACGUCUACCUCCAGUUGCUUACGUAACAGCUAUAGACGUAUGGGUAGGAUUCUGUUCAUUCUUCGUCUUUACCGCUCUACUAGAGUUUCCACUCGCUAAUUACAUAAGUAGACGACCCAUUCCUAACCCAAAUUCUAAGAAACGAUUAUUCGUCGUUAAGAAGCAGUUACAAGUCAAGGAUGCAACCAGUGGAAACUUACAUGUGGUUGCUUCGGAACAUAAGGAUAAAAGCGAGAUUCCUACAGCUGUUGAAGAAGCACGUACUUUAGAUCGUGCAUGUCGUGUACUGUAUCCAUUACUGUUUAUCGUUUUUAAUAGUAUUUACUGGCCAUAUUAUAUAUCGUUAAAAGAAAAUCAAAGGAAUAUUAUCACCCUCGCUAUAGGAAUCAACUCUACUUCAAAUCAAAUUAAAGAAGCGAGUAAAAUUAUGUAUGAUACUUCGAUUCUCCUUGAUAAUCUUUUAUCAGAAAGGAAUUACAAUAGACACGUUAGACCCGGAUUUGGUGGCCCUCCAACGAUUGUCCAUACUGACAUUGAAAUUAGAAGUUUUGGUCAUAUAUCUGAGAAGAAUAUGGUAUAUUCAUUAGAUUGUUAUUUUCGUCAAACAUGGUGGGAUAAGCGCCUUACUUACUCAAAUGAAACUUUCACCGUCCUUUCAAUGGAUUGGAAAUUCCUACAGAAAGUAUGGACUCCAGAUACUUUCUUCCUUAAUGGGAAAGGAUCCUAUUUACAUAAAGUAUCCGCUCCUAACAAGUUCAUAAGAAUUGCCUCCGAUGGAAAAAUGCAAUAUUCUAUGAGAUUAACAGUUAAAGCGAGCUGUCCAAUGCAUCUGAGAAAAUAUCCUUUGGAUAUUCAAGCAUGCCCACUAGAAAUUGGUAGUUUUGCUUAUACUACAAGGGAUGUUAUUUACGAAUGGAAGAAAACGAAGAAAAAAGCUGUGAUCUUAGCUGAUGAUGUUACUUCAUCUCAGUAUGAUUUUUUGAAUAUAUCCAUGUCGAAUUUUACUAUUAUAGGACCUGCUGGAGGUCUCAGCUCUGCUUUAAAAGUUCGAUUUAUGCUUAGAAGAAGACGUGGAUAUUUUAUCUUGCAAAUAUAUGCACCAAGUGCUAUGAUAGUUGGAGCUUCUUGGGUAUCUUUUUGGAUUAAUCCUACGGAUGCUGCAGGAAGAGUUGCCGUUGGUGCAAUGACCGUGCUGACUCUAGUAACUAUGGGUUUUGGUGGCAAAAGCGCAUUGCCACGUGUGGCAUACGCCACAGCAAUGGAUUGGUUUGUAGUCAUGUGCUUCACCUUCGUGUUCGCAGCUAUGGUAGAGUAUGCAUGCGUUAAUUUAACGGAUCGUUACUACACGCGCAAAGCCAACAAAGCCAAUGCUUCGAAGAGUGUAGAAAACGACGAAGAAGCCGAAAACAAAGAAAAAGAAAGUGAUAAAGAUAUUAAAGAAGAAGAAACUAUAGAAUUAAAUAUAGAAGAAGAGGAAAAGGAAACAAGACAUGUGUUGCUACCUAAAUGGAGAAAAAGGAAAAAAUCAAAGAAAAGAAAAAUCGAAAACUAUAGAGUCAUACCACAAUCUGUGAUUCAAUCGCCAUCAACAGCUGCCUAUCGGAUCGACAGAUACGCUAGAAUCGCCUUCCCUUCAUUUUUUACCUUUUUCAACGUGAUAUAUUGGACGUUAUAUCUUCAUUUUAUAGACGAUCAAAUCGAAGACGACUAA